AUGAAGGAGAAAAGCUUUACCACCAAGCUUCGCGUUGUCUUUGACGGAUCAGCUGCCACUUCCACCGGGCUUAACGAUGUGUUAAUGGCUGGCCCGGUCAUCCAGCCCAAGGUAUUUCACAUCCUUAUUCGAUUUCGCUCACACCCAGUUGCCGUUACAGGAGGCAUAUGUAAAAUGUACCGAUGUGUAAGGGUCUCACUGGAAGAUAGCUCUUUGCUGCGCAUUGUGUGGAGGGACUCCCCGAUCGAUGACCUUCAAGUAUACAAACUCGACACAGUUACUUACGGCACCAAACCAGCCUCCUUCUUGUCCGUAAGGGCUAUGCACCAGUUAUCAAUCGAUGAGCAGGCAGCGUUUUCCAUUGGAUCAGAAAUCCUUCGGCGCGAUUUUUACGUGGAUGAUCUUAUCUCCGGCACGGUAAAGGAUGCUAUCAGCAUAAUGCAGCAGACGGCUGGCAUUCUUGCGAAGGGCAAGCUCGAGCUAAGAAAAUGGUGCUCUAACAUUCCGCUUGUGCUGGAGGAUAUGUCCGCCGAGGACAAGAAGUCGUUCAUGAAGAGAUGGUAG